AUGCAUCUCAAACGUCGUCGCUCUAGCUCAAGCCCUGGACCCAGCAGCACCCCCGACGCUACAACCAGCUCCACGCCGCAGCACCGGCGAAAACGCGCCCGUCCCUACUACGAGCCGCCUUUGCAUGAUCUGAUUUCGCAGCUCCCAGCCGAACUCCUCGUCAGAAUACUCUCCAACCUCCCCGAAUCGACGCUCAUUUCCAUCGCGCCGGUCUCCAAGCUCUUCCACCGCGUCACGAGCGAUGCGCAGCUAUGGCGGGGACACUACUAUCGACGCUUCAUCCUUCCACGCGCGCAUCUGAUUCCUGGCUUUCGCAAAAGUCCGACGGCCGUUCCGACGGUAUCGACGAGUCCGAGAAAGAAGAGCGGAGGCAAAGAGCAGGAGAGCGUCGACUGGAAGAAUGCGUACAAGCUACUGCAUAAUUGGGCGCGGGGGCGCUGCGAAGUCGACGAACUUGAACUUCACCAGCAACCGAACACCGGAAAGACGCUAGUCAAGGUUGUCGAAGGUCUGGCGAUCACAGCGGAUGCGGCGUCUGGGCUGAUUAUAUGGGAUCUGCGAACACGGCUACCAGUUGCGCGAACGAAGCUGGGUCAUGAUGCACGGCCAAUGUGCCUGGCUGUGGACGAGGAGGCGUUGUCGGAAGGGGAGGUCGACAUCGCGGUGGGCUUUGGCGAUGGUACAUUGGGUGUGUGGAAGACCGAUCUCGAACGAAACUGCCUCGUGCUCACGUGCCGAACGACGGAGAAGAAAUGCAGCGGGAUAGAAGGGGUGGCGUACUGCCAUCCUUUCAUCCUGGCAGCGUCGGGAAAGGGGCAGAUCUUUCUGUACACGCUCGACCAUUCAAAGCACCACCAGCCUCAUCUACUGCGGUCACUGAGGUCGCAGACGGUCCGAUCGCCAACCGCUUUGUCCAUGCGGCGCGUCGGGGUGUCAGUGGUGGCAUCGAUGGCAUAUACGAUCGACACCAUUGAUGGUUGGUCUCUUGGGGUGCAGGAUCUGGAUAUCAUGUCUAGGCCAGGGCAUAUUCUACCAGAAGUUGUCCACUCAAGGGUUGCGCACAGUCCGUCGAGCGGGAUAGCAGGCAGGCCCAGGGGCCUGUGCUAUAGCCACCCUUACCUGCUGGCAACCUUGCCAGACAACACGCUCUUGUUGCAUCUGUGCACAGCAACAGCCGCGAAGCUCACCAUCAGUCCGGGCAUCCGGUUAUGGGGACACACAUCCGGCAUAUCCGACGCCGAAAUCACCACCCGGGGCAAGGCUGUGAGCGUCAGUGCUAAAGGCAACGAGAUCAGGGUCUGGGAGCUGGAAGGCCGGCUGGGCGGCCGCAGCAUUGAGGUCCGACCACGAUUGUCGGACAAAGAAGCGGCAACAAGCACAGUCGGAGUGCUGGACCAGGAGAUGAAGAACAAGGUCGGCUUUGACGAGGAGAUGGUCAUCGUGCUGAAGGAGCAAAGCGAUGGACGGGAAAGUCUCAUGGUCUACGACUUCAGAUGA